AUGGCGACGGCUGACAUGCUUCUCCCUUCUAGACCCUGUGGCGACGCGAUCCGCCUGUCGCAGGUCAAUCUCCCUCGCAGUGUUUUUCCUCACUCCAGAGCGCGGCAGUACCGCCGUUUUGAUUGUCUCUUGUCUUCGCAGUAUUCCUCCUCAUCUGUCUCCGCCCCCCGCCUUUCACUCCUUUCGCUAUCGCCGGAGACUACCGUCUCUGCUCAAUCCUUUCUCGGUCUGCGGAACGGAGCCAGCCCCCGCGCGGAGACCGCCGCGGAAGCUGCCUCGUGUUGCCCUAAAGUCACGCCCUCUUCGGGCUCGCAUGUGCGGAGGGAAGAGAGAGUCCACCAGAGAAUCUGUGUCCGGCGCGCCUUUUCUCCGCUUUCUUGCAAGCCCGCAGACGAUUCACUUGCUUGCAGCAGCCCCGCCGUUGGCUCGUGCUCGCUCUCCCCCUCUUCGUGCCCUGCGUGCUCGCCCUGUCCGCAUUCCUCUCCUUUGGCCUCUGCUCCGAGGCCUUGGCCUGUCUACGCAUCGCCCGACGUCGCAGGCCGUUCCUGCGCCUCUCGAGGGUCUUCCAGCGAGCCUCAGCACGCCGUCGUGCCUGUGGCUGCGGGCGUCGACGCAGCGCUCGACGCGGAGAGGAGUGCAUGCUCAUUGUCUUCACUCUUGGCUGGAUCCGCGGCGGUCCUGCGGCAGUCCGCCCUGUCGGCGGCUGUGGAGUGCAAAACGGCGGACAGCAGCAAAGUGCCGGAGUCCAAGGGGUCACGAGAGAGCAAGGAGCGGAAAGGCGACAAGAAGAGAGAGCGGGAAGACGGAGACGAAAAGAAAGGAGAGCGGAACGGAGACAGGGGCGACCACUGGAGCCGCGGCAAAGGAAGUGGCGACGGCGGUGACCGUCGUGGCGGAAACGGCGGCCGAGACGGCAGCCGCGAGAGGGACGACGAGAAGGAGCGCAGCGACGACAAGAAGAAGCGCAAGAAGGAGAGCAAGCGGAGCCGCUCUCGCGACGAGAGCGACAACGACAGCGAUGACGAUACCUCGAGGAGUCGUUCGCGAACUCGGGGUCAGUCCUCUCGUCGUCGCCACCACCGGAAAGAUAAGAGAAAGCCCGUGGAGGAGGGCAAGAGAAAAGGAGAGCAUCCGCGUAGCAAGGGAAGGGCGGAUCGGUCGACGGCCGAAAGCAAGGAGUCGUCGGAUCGCCGCCACUCCGCGUCGAACGCCUCGGUGGCAACUCACCGUUCAGAGGGGUCAGAGAAGUCCGCGGAAAGGUCUGACAAGAAGUCGAGUGGGCGUCGCCACAGGCACUCAAGCCGGCACAAGAGAGACCGCAAACACCGGCACCACAGCAAGAAGCACCGCCGUUCUCGCUCGCCUUCGUCCGACGAUGGAAGCUCGAGAAGCCGGAGCCGGCCUUCGUCGCCCUCUCCCCUGCGGCGACCGAAGAAUACCUCCGACCCGACCAGAAACACCGAGAACGAUCCCUUUCCAGCUGACCUCCAGGGGCCCUGCUUCCUGAAGGUGCUUCCGCGACGGCGAGACCCGCCCGUCGUGCUGGGCAUCGACAACCGCGGAGUGUUGAAUCUCGCCAAGGCACACGGCUGCAAACUGAAGCUCUCGUCUGUCGCUGACCUCUACCCGCAGACGGAGAGACGGUUUCUCCUCAUCUAUGGGGCUGAAGUCGGCCCCUGCGUCGCUGCGCUCCAGGGCUGGAUUGACAAGACUGCAGAACUCUGCGAGCAGAAGCGCGUCGCGGAGCUGACCUUUCUCGUGCCGCACGCGGCCGUGUCGACUGUGCGCAUCGUUGACGCUGCGAAGAACAAGAAGGUCGCCAUCGAGGACCUGAAGAAGCUGGGAAAGGCAAAAGUGAAGAUUUCCUCCCGCAAAAACAUGAAGAAGGCCAACGGCCGCGAACGGCUAGUGACCCUCAACGGACCCGUCCAGGAUGUGCAGGCGGCGGCCAAGUGCCUGGCGGAGGCUCUCCAGGGUUUCCGUGACUUGCGAGACUACAUGAACAUUCAGUACGUCGAGUACUCGCAGGAAAGGAAGCGGAAGCGGCGCCCGCCUUCGCCACUUCCGACAAUCCCGCGCGUCGUCAUUCCCGAGCCUUCUAUGCCAACUGGCAUGGUUCCGGGCCUCCAGUUUCAGCGGGCGCUUCAGGGUGUCGAUGUGCAGGACGAGCUCGUGAAGAUCACAAAUUUGCGCGGCAUUCUGGACACGCACUGCCCUCAGAUGCACGGACCAGCGUACACAAAAAUCGUGAUUUCGGAUCUCGUCACAACGCUGCUCCUGGGGACGACGACGCAGGAGCCCAAUCACUCGUGUCCCCUGCGUCUCAUUGAGGCGACGUUCAAGGUGGCUGCCAGGAUCAUGGAUCCCGAGAGCCCGGGCAUCCUCGAGCGCAUCCUCAUUUUGUCCGGCGAGCCGCAAGACGUGGACAAAGCGACGAUGGCUGUCCUCGAGAAGGUGUACGCCGCAUGCAUCAUGGCUGGUCAGGCCUCCCAAGUCGCGUGGCGCAUGUGUGCGUCAAACAGCGCGGCGUCGCUCAUCAUUGGAACCGGCGGUCACAGGGUGAAGCAGCUGCGGACGGUGAGCAAUACGCGCAUUCAGAUCAACACGCGCGAUAACGUCCCUGUCGUGGAUCGACUGGAGCGCGUCAUCACGGUGACAGGCAGCUUCGAGUCGGUCGUGAAGGCGACCAAAGCCAUGUUGCCCUUCAUGCAUGCGGACUCCAACCACUCGCAGCACAUUCACCAGUGCUACGGGACCGGGCGCAAGGCGGAAAUGCCCGACUGGGUCGAAGCCGUCAUUCAACGCGAUGGCAUGGACGAAGACGCGUGCAGCAAGCCGCCGCUAGUCGACGCGCGGGAGGUCUCCUUCGGCGCCGGGCCGUGCUUCCUGAAGCUCCUGAUCGACAACGGGCUCGCGAACGCGCUGAUUGGCGAAAACAGCCAAGCGAUUCAGAAGCUCUCCGACGAAACAAAGUGUGUCAUGAAGUUCGCCGACCCAGACAACAUCUUCCCUGGGUGCCCAGGCGAGCGCAUCCUCAUGAUGUCCGGCGCGGGCGACGCGUUGAACCUCGCGACCAUCGCCGUCAUUGAAAAGUGCAAGGAAGUCCACCCCAACUUGUCCUACGACCAAAUGUACGGAAAAAUAAUUGUCCCGCAGGCCUGCUGCGCCGCGAUUGUGGGACACGGCGGGCAGAGAAUUCGAGAAAUUCGAGACGCGACGAUGACGCGCGUCGAGAUUUCAAAGAAAGGCCUCUUCACCACCGAGAGAUUGGUGACGAUCUUCGGGAUGCCGCAAGGAGUCCACACCGCCCUCAUCACCAUUUGUGGCAUCAUCCAGUGCGACUCUGCGGUCGGCGCGCUCCUCGAAAUGGUCUAUCCUCCGGAGGCGAUGGAGCAACAGAGGAAACUCGAGGAAGAAAGACUCUCCGCUCACGUGAUUGGCGCCGUGAUGGAGGGCGUCAACGCAGUGGUCAGCAAGGUCGGCGGAGACGAAAGCGCGCAGAUUGCCCUUCGGAAGCUUCAGGAAAUGCAACGGACCGCGGCCAUGGCGGCAGGCGACCGGGCUCCAGAGGCGUACGAUUUCCGCGGGCCUCUCGGUCCAGUGGACCAGACGAGACGGGACACGCACCCAGGGGGGUCUGCGCCCGACUAUUCGGCUUCGAUUUCGUUCAUCCCUGCUUCGUCCGGUUGUUCGCGGGGGUCCGCGUCAACUGUCCCUGGGCACGCGCCUUUCCCCUUUCCGCAGCAGUCAGUUCCGCCGCCUCCUAUGGGGGGUGGUGGACAGCUGUCGGUCCCGGGCGGCGGCCCUCCGCCCUCGCUCGCCGACCUCACACACGAGGCGCACCUUCCUCCGCCGCCCUCUGCGUCCUCAUCUGGUUUGUCGCGGCAAGCCUUGAGGCAGAGGAUCCUCGACGCGUCUCUGAAUCGAGCGAAAACGGCCGCCGAGGCGCUCCGCGUCGGCGCGCUGGACUGGGGAACAAAUGGACUGCUGGACGAUGGCGACUUGGAGGAGGAUCCCGCUCUCGCUGGGCUUAUGGAUGAGAAAUUCUGA